CAGGGAAGGAGCCAGAGAGAGGACUGGGCCUGCUGGAGGCGGCGUCUUCAGGCUGAGAGGGACUCUGGGAGGUCCCAGCACAGAGCAGCACCCACCAUGCUGCUCUGUCACACCCUGCUUCUCCUGGUGGGGCUGUCUGCGUGCACUGUGGCAGGUGACGAGAAACCGGCACUUGGUGGCACUGAAGCGAGGUCUUGGGUAACCAUGACCCUGGAGGAAGGUGUGAUCCCCAGCAUUCAGCUCCAACUUCAGGAGGUGAAGAGGGGCAGAGUGAGCCAGUUCUUUGGGCUGAUGGGGAAGCGGGUGGGAGGGGUGCCUCCUAUCCAGCCAGCAAGAACAAACGGUAGGGCAUCAGCGAGGACAGAUGGUCCAGGACCUCCCAAGCAGGAGAGGACCAUCUACGGAAGAGAGGGUGAGGAGCACGGGUUGGAGUGAGAGCCCCCAUCACAUGCUGCCCGGAGGAUGAAACCCCUUCUCCAUACCUGGACGUUACAGCUGACCAGC